CUGCAAAUUUGUUGUAAAUUUCAGUGUGUUCCGUGUUCAUCAUUCAGUGUUCAGUAUCGUCGUUCAGUGUCUCAUGCCCCAUGUUCCGUGUUUGACGUCCAGAGUUCCACUGCAGCAGUGUGUUGCUGCACUCCGGUGAUCCGCAUUCUUCGUCUGCAGCGGCUGUCUCAGCAAUUGUCCGACUUGAUCCCGUCGCCCCGAAUACUCAACUGUAAACUUGUGUUGGUGUUGAUAAGAAAUAUGGCAAAACAUCUGAUUGCGACUUAUUUGGCUGUCGUCGGCUUCGCGGUGUCAUUGUUUGCAAUUGCAUUUAUUGAGGCACAACAAAGUUUUGAGGAUGUUGACUAUUAUCACUACGUUGCCUACGCACUUGUUGGACUUACCACAGUUCUGGUAAUCGUUACUUUUGUGGCCCUUGUCGGCAUAUGCAGGCAUAAAUUGGUGUCGGGCAAUGUUCAUCUGGAAAAAAUGCAAAGAAGAUGUCUGGUUUCCUUCGCUGUUUACAACAUCACUUUGGUAUUGCUCAAUCUACCAAUUUUCGGUAUCAUUUAA